UGCUCGGAGAAACAAGUCGCUGUCGAUGGUCAGUGCCUGAACCGUGUCUCCAUCGGCGAACCAUGCAGUAACCAAGUACAGUGCCCAACCAGUGCUAUCUGCCAGGCUGGCGUUUGUGCUUGCCCCGAAAACCAGAGCUAUGUGAAUGGUAUUUGUCAAUCCGCAUGUGGUGAGAAUGAAGUGGACGUGAAAGGUACAUGCCUACCGAAGGUCGAAAUCGGAGAAGCCUGUGAGGCUGAUGAACAGUGUCAAGGUGGCUCGACCUGUGACGGCAGUGUUUGUGCCUGCCCACCUGGAGAGGACAAAGUUGACGGUGUCUGUGUGAAGAAAGUGAAGUCUCGGAAACCCGCUACAUGUCCCAUAGCCGGACAGAUGCCUUACAUCGACAGGCAAACCAAUAGUGCUCAAUACUGUGAGCCAUCGAUAAGAAACGCUUGUCCUCGUGGAUAUAGCUGUCAGUUCUCGGAAACCGCUCAGCAAAACAUCUGCUGUGGCAGCGCUGGACCGGAGACCCGGCCUCGGUUCUCCAAAAUCACUGAGCCAGGCGCACCUGGUCCAGAUCCUGAGACUGAGACCGAUACGGAAGCCCCUGGACCAACGACGACAUCAGUUCCGGAAGUGUGCGAAAAAGGCUCUGCCUACCUCAUGAAUGGCAAACCAAAGCUCUGCACGAACAGUCCUUGUCCGUCCGGUUACAAAUGCACCUUCUCUCGAGUCAGUAAAAACUACUACUGCUGUUCUGCCUUCACAGCUAAUCACGGAUGUCCUUCCGGCGUUGCAUUGUUGUUCCCUUCAACCGGUACCCCAGUGCAGUGCAGUAACGUCGGUACGGGAUCCUGUCCAGCUGGAUACAGAUGUAUUCGUAGCACGACAACUAAGCGAUUCCAAUGCUGUUCAACGAGUGACAACGCUGUCAGAAGACCAGACCCAAGGAAUCGCGUCGUCACCAACAACAACAAUAAGAAGGACUCCACGACAGGACCAUGCCCGGCCGGCCAGGUGCAAGUGCUUCGAAUUGUUGGUGAGCGUAUCGUCAAGAAAUGUGAGAGCUCCUGUCCAGCCCAUCAGGUCGCCGUACGCGGUAUCUGCCGUGAUAAAUACCAUGCCGACGAUCCGGUAAGUAUGAACACCUUGCCAUAG